UGUCCCGCUGAAGUGUUUGCACAAGCUGUAAAUUGUACAACACUUGAUCUGGCUGUGGACUAUUUUAUAAGUCAUAUACCUUCCAAGUCAGAUGAACAACAAUUUGAUGGCUCUAAAAUUGAGGAGGAUGCAUGUUUAAAAGACCUAUUAUACUCUCUACAACCCAUCCCUGGGACUCCUACACGCUUGACAGUCAGCAGAUCAUCAAUUUUUGCUGAUAGUGUGUCAUUUUUCAAACACAGACAUUUUGAUUUUAAGAAACCAUUGAAGGUCACAUUUGAAGACGAAUCAGCAAUUGGUGGUGGCCCUAAACGAGAGUUCUUCACUUUACUCUUGCGUGAACUCCUUUCUCCAUCAGCUACUCCUCGUCUUUUUGAAGGAAGAGAUGGAAUUUUUUUACCAAUGCACAAUACAGAUGCUCUUAGAUCAAAUCUGUGUAAGGUGGCUGGAUGGAUUAUUGCAGCAUCAAUAGUUCAUGGUGGUCCUGGUUUUCCAUAUUUUCCAAAGGUUUUGUAUGCAUAUUUCCUCAACCCUCAGCCUAAUGACGUGGUGGAUCACCUCCGUCCAGAGGAUGUUGUUGAUGCUGAAUAUGUAGAUGUCUUCAAAAAGCUAGAUGCUUUUGAUGAAGAAAACAACGAAACCUUGGCUUCUGAAAUUCAACCUUUGUUAGUUGAGUCAGGUUUUCCUCAUCCCGUCAAUAUUGAUAAUCGUUUUCAAGCUAUUAUGUCCUUGUGUCUGCAUGGAGUCAUCUUAUCCAGGAAGGCUGAAAUUGAUCAAUUGAUGAUCGGCUUAUGCCCACUUCUUGACGUAAUCAGAAGACAUCCAGACAAGAUGGAAACCUUAUUUGUGGCUGUUUGA